AUGGGAAACAAGAGACGCGCCAGUGUCGCGGAGCCGUCGGACAGUAGCGACAUUGAGGUGAUGCACAAGGUCGCCAAAAAGAGCAAGACCAGCGCAACCAUCACGUCGCCUGCAGGAAAAGAUGACGAGGGCAACCCUUUUUGGGAGCUGUCUAGCAAACGCCGGGUCGGGGUUUCUCAGUUCAAGAACGUAUGCCUGAUUAACAUCCGAGAGUACUAUGAAAAAGACGGAAAACAUUUGCCUGGCAAGAAAGGUAUCUCGCUGUCGCUGGAGCAGUACACAGCGCUGAUCAAGCUUAUCCCUUCCAUCAACGGGCAGCUCCGCGAAAUGGGACAGCUUGUCGACACGGCAGCUGAUGCUGAAAAAGACGUCACGGCCAUUGUCAAAAAGCCCAAGAAGGAAAAGUCGGACAAGGCAAACAUCGAAGCCACGAGCGAAGAGGACGAGGGUUAG